AUGUUGCACUUCCCUUGCUUGCUUGCUUGCUUGUUUGCUAAGGCCAAACGGGCAAGCAAGGUGCUGGGCGACACGCAAGAGCGCACAUCCCUGGAUGAGCGCAUUGCGGCAUGUGACGCAGCGACACAGGUGGCUACAAGGCUUGCGCCCAUGGGCUACCUGAAGCUAAGCGAAAACCUGCUGCUCCUGGAACCGUUUGCAGAGGAGUUUCCCUUCGGCUUGAAGCUCAAGGUGAUCGAGAAACUGUACAUUGAGGAGCUGGGAGCCGUUCUUUGUGGAUCCAAGCGAAUCGAUGAGAGUGAGACUCAUGUCGAGAUUCAGCGUUUGGUGGACACUUUCAAAUUCUGGGAAUCUGACAAGGGGCAGAUUGCCAAAGGAACGUCAGGGAUGACUCCGGAACAGCCCAGUUUCCUGCCAGCCGUGUGUGAGCUUGAGGCCCGCAUCACCGACGUUGGCUUCGAUGGGGAAGAAGACGAGGCUUUCCAGCAGUUGGUCCUCAAGCAGCGUUCCCUCGAACGUCGCGCGUCCAAUGAGUCCGCAAAGUCCAACUCCAACGAGGACACGUUGGAUGACGGCAAGCAACUUGGGUUGGACGUGGAGGCCUGCGCUUUAGGCAAGAGCCUGGAGAAUGUGUUCCAUUCGGAUGUGAUGACAAAACUCCUGAACCACGUCAAGGAUGCCAAGCUGCUUGCGAACCUCAAGCUUUGGGUUCGAGAGUUCUUGUCGGCGGUGGAGUCCGAGGAAGCAAGGGAGUGGAAGGGAAAUGAUGCGCUCGGGCAGCGCCUUGCAGCCUCCUUCGAGUCUGCGACACGCUUCUGCAAGAUGGUUGCGUAUUUGCUGCAAAUGGAUGUUGCUGGAAAGCCGUCACUUGCUGACGUCACUUGGUUUACCGAGUACAGCGGACCGACAUCCUUAUGGAGAAAGACCGUGAAAGCCAUUUUGAAGAUGCCAGAACCCCAAGGACAACACUUCACGGAUGUGAAGGCUGCAAGCCGAGAAUUCUUGCGAAGUUUGUAG